UGUAUUUCUGUGCCGUUAAGUGCGCGCGCAGUGCUUGUAGCGCGUGACGGAGCUCGCGCAUGCGCGCAGGGGAGUCGGUGCUGUCAUGGCGCUGAACACAAACUAACGUUACCGAUCAGAACUCUUCAUCCUCGCUACAGGGAAUCUCUUUCCGUCUGAUGUCGUCUAGAAGAGCGCAGUGAUGUCGGGAAAUAAAGCGGUGGAGCUGCAGAUACAGAUGCGACAGAACGCAGACGACCUGCAGAACUUCAUGAGGGAGCUGAACAACUGGGAGGAAGAAAUCAAGAAGAAAGACCAGCAGCUUCUCACCGGACACCACAGUGAACCGCCGAAAACCCUCCCGCCGGUGAGGAACAAAGAUUAUAAGAAGACCAAGAAGGCGGCGAAGCGUCAGACGAACGGCGGAGGUCUGAAACGCAUCCGAUCCUACGACUAUCAGGCCUGGGACAAAUUUGACGUGGAGAGGACUCUGGAGGCCAUGGACGCAGAGGAGAGCCCGGUCCACUCCAACGAAUCAGACUCUGAAGGGCUUCAGGUGGACAGAGGUCUGGCGCUGACCGAGAAAGAGAAGGGGAACGAGUAUUUCCGGGACGGCCGGUACGACGCCGCCAUCGAGUGCUACACCAGAGGAAUGGACGCCGAUCCGUACAGCCCCGUGCUGCCCACCAACAGAGCGGCCUGCUUCUUCAGACUGAAAAAGUUCGCCGUGGCAGAGUCCGACUGCGACCUGGCCAUCGCUCUGGAUGGGAAAUACGUCAAAGCCUACGUCAGGAGAGCGGCGGCCCGCGCGGCCCUCGGCAGACACCGGGAGGCUCUCGAAGAUUAUGAAGUGGUUCUCAAACUGGAUCCAGAAAACGCGGAGGCCCAGAACGAGCUCCAGAAGCUGCAGCAGGUCUGUAGGAGAUCCGCUUCGGCCGAUCCCUCACAGCAGCAGAGGAAACAGGAAGCGGUCGUGGAGAAGGACAGAGGAAAUGCUUACUUUAAAGAAGGGAAGUACGAGGCAGCGGUGGAGUGUUACUCCAGAGGAAUGGAGGCGGACGAGACCAACGCUCUGCUGCCCGCCAACCGAGCCAUGGCCUACCUCAAACUACACCGGUUCAGCGAGGCGGAGCAGGACUGUAGCUCGGCUCUGGCUCUGGACAGCACUUACACCAAAGCCUUCGCCCGACGAGCCACGGCCAGAGCUGCUCUUGGCAGGAGCAGAGAGGCCAGAGAAGAUUUUCAGCAGGUUCUGAAGCUGGAGCCGGGAAACAGACAGGCCCUGAGCGAGAUCGAGAAGCUCUCAGCGGAGAUGAGGAGCAGCGGUCUUCUGGCUCCAGAGGAGAACGACCAGAAGAGAAGCGUCCAGCCCGUCCACAAACCUGAGCAUCUCAGAUCCAGCAAACCCUUGAGGAGGAUUGACAUACAGGAGGUGGGUGGAGAGAUCUCGUCGUCCUCGUCUGCCCUCACGUCUUCACCGCAUCACAAGAUCCAGAAGAUGGAGGAGAUCGUCUCAGACGCUCCUCUGUCCAGGGCUCCUGAAGAUUCGUCUCCAGAAACCGAAUCGAUUCCUCCUCCACCCGGCAGCGGUUUCCAGCUGGAGGCCGACCUCAGGAAGAUCAGCCGUCGGCCGCAAUCCACUUACAGAUAUCUGAAGCAAAUCAGUCCAGAUGCUUACCUGAAGAUCUUCCAGAACUCUCUGGAGCCCGACGUUCUCAACCACAUCCUGAAGACCUUCCACAGCUGCUUUCAACCUGAAGAUGCGUCUCUUCUGCUGGCCGUCCUGAGGAGCCUGGCAAGCGUGAGGAGGUUUGACAUGGCCGUCAUGUUCAUGUCGUCCGCCGAGAAGAAAAUCUUACAGGAGCUGUUUGACCGGAUCGGCAGCGCCGGUCUGGGAGACGCUUCUCUUCAAGACUUACAGAAGACAUACGGCCUUUGACCUCCACAGAAGUCUCUCCUGUUCAAUCCUUCUGACGCUGGACUGAAAGCUGGACCUCAGCCGUCAGUGAAACCGAACCAGAAGCAAAACGUCUUCAGUGUGAAUGAAUCAGAUGCUCUGAUACCUCAGAACGAACGCUUGGUGCCUUUAAACUCAGCUUUAUUUGGUUCUUGCACGUGUGGAUGUGUGCGUCGUAGAAUUUCAGAUAUUAUUAUUAUUAUUAUUAUUAAUCCAUCUAAAGCGUCCGCCGUAGGUUCCUGGGUCUGUGUGUUUUUCUUCACAAUCUGCUUCUGUUGUUCUGAAUGCUGUAAUAUUAAAGUCAAUGAACUCCAAACAGACUCCCGAUUCCUUUUCAUAUUGAGAACGAUUCACUCAACUGAAACACAAAAGCAGUCUGUUGAAAUUUAGAUUUUCUGAACGCAUUAAAAGCGGAAUGAAUAAGCUUU